UUAAUUUGACUAUUUCAUUUAUGUGUGCUUUGAACGGUUACCUUUAUUACGGCAAAUUGUGAAUUUUUGUGUUGUGUAGUCAUUUUAAUGCAAAAAAAAACUCAAAACAAUUCCUAAAGAUUUUGCCAAACAUUACCAGAGAAUAUGUGGAAGGUGGAACUAUUUCUAUCGACGUGCUAACGAAGGGAAUUUUGAAUUUUUUGUGGUGAGACCACUGGCUGCUACUUCGAUACUUGCUCCUUCUUUUCAACAAUGAAUCUACUUUAUAUUAACAGGCAAUUCUUAUUAACUCAUUAACUGAGACGCAGACAGUGUCGGAAAAACAGAACAUUGUGUGAAUCAUUGGCCUAAAAAAUUUUAUUUCAAAUUCUAAGGACAAACCACAGAUUCUAUUGGAUUUAAGAGAGCGUUCAUUGGUAUUUAUGAGACCUAAUGUCACAGUUUUGCAGCGUAACUAUAUUUUUGAUCGUUCUUGGCUUUAGUGACGCUUCGAAAGUGGGUCUUUGUGAAGUUUGUUUGGACUCCAAUAAUGCAGCAUGUCGCAAUGAGAAUACUUUCUCCAUAUGUUAUGAUGGAAAAAUAACCUCAACCAUUACCCCGUGUCCACCCAACAGCGUUUGCACUACUGAUCGCCAAAUAUGUCGUCUAACCGCACAAGGUUUCACUCCCAUAUGUUAUGAAGAGAAUUGCAAUAAUUGCAAUAAUGGAGCCCUAUUCACCUGUCUGACUCAAACUACUUUUGGUAUUUGUAGCGGCCAUGCGAUAUUAGAAAUGCACUGUCCAGAGGGCCGUGUUUGCAAUAUCCACUCACAAGAACUUUGUGUACCUUAUGAGACAAACCAGCCGUCAUGCUUGAGUGUGUUUACAACACCAAAGCCAACUACAACAGAAAGCUCAAGCACCACAGAAUUUACCACAACAAGUUCUAGUACCACACUGCCACCACCCCUUGAUGCUAAUGAAUUUUGUGCAGGUAUUGGAAUAGCUGGAUAUUUCAAAACCAAUGAUCCAACUUGUAAAGAGUUUGCCUAUUGCUACAUAUUAUCUGGACAAUACUUGGGUUUAUAUUUUAAUUGUGAUGGAUACUACAAUCCUGAAACGACAAAAUGUCAAAAACAUCCACCUGCUGGUUGCGAAGAAACCCUAUAA